CGCACCACGACAUGCACAGCUGAACGAGGAGUGCGUCUUUGAAGAUGCUUGGUUGUCGAGCCACAAUUUCUGGUUGAGUGACAAGCCUGCGGUCCAAUCGUCACCAUGAUAGCCACUGGGGGCCUGCUGCGCCUGAACAGGCGCCAGGAUUCCCUCCGCUCUAAAAACCGGGCGGAAAACAAAAGGAAGCGGAAAUCCAAGAAAAAGAAGAAGAAGAACGAUGUGGUGGUGGUGAAGGGGAAGCUCAACUUCUGCUCCCUGGCUGGUUUUGUGGCAGCUGUGGGAAUUAUUGUUCUCAUGGUGGGGAUUUCCAUGGCCGUGCUGGGCUACUGGCCCAGCCAAAGCCAGCAGCAGUACCAGGAGCGCCGCAGAACUGGAGCGUACCACUCCAACAGGAUGAGCUACUCCAAAAGCCUGCCUGUUUCCUCUAACUUGACCCAUAAUAAGCCUCCCUCCGGACAGAACGGCUUAUUCAACCAGAGCAGUUCUAACAGCAGCGGCCCCGACCCCUCCCCUCACUGUGGCUUCCUGUGUGACUUCCUCAAUAAUUACCUGUACUCAGACAAUCUGAAGGUCUUUGGGCCCCUGGUGAUGGGAAUCGGCAUUUUUCUCUUCAUCUGCGCCAAUGCAGUCCUCCAUGAAAACCGAGACAAAAAAACCAAAAUCAUCAACCUGAGGGAUAUCUACUCCACAGUUAUAGAUCUACAUAGCAUACGGUCGAAGGAGUACUCGCCCCUCAACGGUUUGGUGAACUACACUCAGUCGAGGAGUGCUGAGGGCCAGCCGGGCUCGUUCCCCGCAAGCUCCUGGCCCUCCACUGGCCUCGGUGUGCAGGGGGAGUCGGGCGGCGAUGACGUGUUCAGACGCCCGUCGUUGGCCAGCAGGCCUCGGAGCUGGUCCAGAGAUGUCCAGACAUUCACGGACACCGUCUACAGCAUCUACAAAGACUAUAGCAAUAGCAGCGAGCAGGCCCCGCAGCCCCGGCAGUGGGAGACCACGUCCAUCGUCACCUCCUCUGUAAAUGCUUUCACCCUCCCCGUGAUCAAACUGAACAACUGUGAGGUGGAGGAGUCUGCGAGAGCGGAAGCAGAGGGACGCUCAGAGGAAGGGGUCGUCAUUAAGGCUGCGGCUGAAACCAUGAGCGAGGAAGGACAAACCAGCGGCGGCCCGACGGUUGGGACUGACUCCAAGGAGAAGGAAGCAGAGGAGAUGGACGCCUCAGCGACGGAUUCCCCCCCGCCCCAUCAGAGCCAUGGGGACAUAACCACAGGCGCAGCUGACCAACAGGGGGCGCAGCAGGCUCAGCCUCAUCCACCUUGGACCCAGCCGUUUCCCCCAUCACCUGUUGCCAGGGCGAUGGGGUCACGGAUGUCGCUCAACUCCCUCACAGAUCAGCCCAGGUCUGCACGCCGCUGCAGCCUGUCUGCGUCUGUGGGUCGUCAAGGCGACAGAGCCAGGCGCUUCAGCUGCCCCCGUCUGGAGGAGCGCUCCAACAGUAGGGGCUACAUCAAACUGGCUGAUCUGGGGGGCGACUCCUUCGAAGCCCCCGACGCGGACACUACUUUGGUGACAACCGAACAGGAAGUAGCAACAGACGCAGCAGCAGCAGCGGAGGAAGCAGCUCCAGGAGAGGACAAUCUGGUGACAUCCAUCGCCGCUGCAGAAUCAUAGACUUUUUUCUGAUGAGCCUUUGAAAACUCUUUGAUGUCUUCUUCUUUGCUUCUUUGCUUCUUCACUGACUGCUGAUGUGAAGCUGGCCAUCACAGAGUAAUGGACAUCUGCAGAGGAAGCUGCUAAGGACUAUUAAAACAUAGCCAUGAACACUCGAGAGCAAGGCUCUUUAUAAAUACCACAUCCACAGCUCAAUAUUCAGAUGUAAUUUAUCUAUUUUUUCAAUGUAGCAAGAGCAAUACUAAAGACUUGCAAGAAGAUUUAGUAAAGAUUUGUAACAAACAAAUCAAAUCUGAUCUGAUGAGUUUAAAUGUUUCUUUUGUAAAGCAGUAGGGCAAACAAUGUAGCCUGUAAAAAUUGCCAAAACUGUCACUGAGAACUCUUGUCUGACAUGUUGUACUGUAGCAUUGAAAUAUGCCACAGAAAAAUAGUCUAGAAUUGUUUCUCUACAUCGUUAUGUGAAUACCACGUGAAUAGGUGAACUGAAUUGAAUCUCAGGUAGACGUUUGGUUUAGGAUCAGGACCUUGAGGACAGGGUCUUCCCUGUGCACACUUGUUUAUAUGAAACAUUUAUGGUUGAAUAAACUUGACUGUAACACUC